AGCCGUCACAAACUGUCACUGAUGAAAAAAAAACCUACUGAUGAUUUGAACAAUUUUUAAUUGCAAAUUUCAUUGUUAUUGAAAUCGCUAUCUUUUUGGUGUGAAAUCCUUUAAGAACUCUUGAAAUGUCGACAGAAAAUUCACCGAUUAAGCCCUCAAGAUCACCAAGCGUGAUAGAAUCAAUUGAAGACUUCGAAAACCAAGACACGUUGCUGAAACACGUAGAUAUAUCUAUAGUGGAAUCUGAGAAGCGCGCAAAUGGUACGCUGCAUGUCCGAGAUCAUUAUACUGUGUAUCUAAUCGAUCUCAAAGUCACAGAUCCAGAUUACAAAUUAGUGCAAUCUAAAAUCAACACAAUAUGGAGACGUUACACAGAAUUUGAGCAGAUACAUGAUUAUCUUCAAGUCACAUAUCCACAUGUUGUUAUACCACCACUCCCAGAGAAAAGGAUAUUAUAUGCAUGGCGCAAAUCGGACACGACCGAUCCGGAGUUCGUGGAACGCCGGCGAGCGUUGCUCGAGAACUUUUUGUUGCGAGUUGCUUCACACCCGAGGCUCUGCUUCGACGAUCAAUUCAUCAGCUUCCUGCAACAAGAACAUGGGUGGCGGGAAACUAUCACCGACAGUGGCUACAAAUUACAUGCUGAAAAUAAACUGAAAUCAUUAUCGGUUUCAAUCAGACUGAAAAAGCCAGAUCCAGAUAUAGAAAGUGUAAAGAAUUAUGGAAAGCAAUUGGAAACAAACUUAGGAAAUUUUCUCUAUACUAGAUCAAAAAUAAUCGAAAAGAACUAUGCAUUAUGUAAACUCCACGCGAGUUACGGCAAAUUAUUCAGCGAGUGGAGUGUUAUUGAGAAAGAUAUGGGCGAUGGAUUGCAAAAAGCAGGCCACUACUUUGAUUCAAUAGCAGACAGCAUAGAUUCACUGGCCGAGGACGAGGAACAACUGGCCGACCAACUGAAGGAGUACCUUUUCUAUGCAGCAUCACUCCAGCAGUUGUGCAGUAACCAUGAAGCGCUGCAACAAGCGCUCGAAAAUGCACACGACACACUAAACAACAGGGUAGCGGAGCGGUCGCGAGCGGCGGCCGGCAAGGGUUCGCUGAUGGCGCGGCUGUUCGGCACCACGGAGCCGGACCUGGCGCGAGAUGUCGCCACGCGCGCGCUCGACGCCAAGCUCGCCGCCGACACGCGCGCCAUACAACAAGCGCGCGCCGCCCUACAAGAAUUCAACAAGAAGGCAUUAGUUGAGAUCGAAUAUUUCCAAAAACAAAAAGACAAGGACCUCCACGAAUCGCUCGUCAGAUUCAUAACCCUGCAAGUCAAAGCAGCCAAAAGUAACUUGCAGGCGUGGACGCAAAUCAAAGAAUGUCUACAGAACAUGCCCUGAACAUAGCUUGCCCUCGGGCCCCACCAAAUAUCUAUCUAGGUUACUAUUAAACUAGAUUUUAGUACUUUUGUAUCUGUCUCACUCGUAGAUAGGUAGGAGUUAAAACAUUUUCUCUACAGUUAUUUAAAUAUUUGAAAUACCUAAUGAAUUUAUCCUUGGGGGCGGGUAAUUUAAGUUGUCCACAGACAACAUAUUCUCUCUCUGGCAAUAGAGUCGAUGUCUACAUUACACUAAAGCAAAUUAAAAAAAAAGUUUGUUUGUGGGUUGAUCCUAAUAUCCAGAUAAAUAUGUAAUACAAGAUGCUGUUUACAGUGAGUAACAAACAAGAACAAAGUUAUAUAUAGUUUGAAAUUAAAAUUAUUACUGUCUUUUAUAUAGAAAUAUUCUAGCAGUUCAAAAGAUUUUUUUUUUUUCUGAAAAAACGUGAUUUGAAACAUGCAAAAAAUUUUAAGCCACCUAUACUUGACAACUCAACUUGCUAUUAUUAAAGGAUCCAAUUAUUUUUUUCGUUUUUCAAAUCAUAAUUCAAGUAGAAUAAAGAAGUAAGUUAAUAAUUCAAAUUUAAUAUAUUAAAAGUACUUUUAUUUGUCAGAUAAGGGAAUGUACUGGGUACAGAGGAAUAACACCCGAGUCCUCAGGAAUGGCAACGCAUGGGGGGUAUCAUGGGCGAAACAGUAUACUCUGUUAUGUCCAUGAUACUGCUUAUGUCUAUAGGCGACGGUUAACACUUUCCAUCAGGUGGGCCGUCAGCUUGUUUGUCAUUCUAAGUUGUAUAAAAAAAAAUAAGGGAUUGUAAUAUAGUUGUAUUAAUAAAGCUGCCUGUGAAUACGCCUCAUUUAUAAAUUCGAUAGUUAUUACAUUAAGACUAACGGGCAAUUUAAAAAUUGAAAUUUUAUGCUAAUGAUCUCUAUAUUUUUUACCUUUCUUAACAGCCAUUUUCCGUAUUACCACUAAAAAGUUAACUUGUGAUAAACAGGUAUCCAAUGCGUGUUUAGACGUCUUACUACAAAAGCAUAUAACAUGUAUAUUUAUGUUUAAACAAAAGAAAGAUGGUCUUAUUAAAAAUAAAAUGUAUUUAAAGUAAUAAAUUUUAUUAAAAUAGUUUAUAUUUUUUAGCACAAAAAAUUACAAAUAAACAUUAUUACACCGUUUAAACAAUAAACGCAUGGAUAGAAAUUUUUUUCUUAUGUGUUUAUGCCUUUCUAAGGCAAUAAUUUAAAUUAUUUUUUAUGGUAACACUGUUAAAUGUCUAUCCAAAGGAAUAGUGUCUAGUCUACUAUGUAGACUUUUUUUUUAAUGGAUGAUAAUUAAAUAGUUACCCCGCCUGCGCUAUCGGUAUACACUGACGGGGCACCAAUGUGAGAUGAUAGAUGAGCAUGAAAACAGGUCUGUUAGCCCAUCGUGACGAACGCAACAAGUAUUAGUCACAAUGGUUUCCAGGGGGAACCGCGUGGAGGUCGACCUGACAGGACUUGCUAGCAAUGAGGCCAUUAGUCCCUAUUACUAACAAUCCUAUCCCCCCUACCAUGUAGCCUAGCCACUACCAGAUAUAGUUUUUAUUUCAUGUUUGCCUGCUUUAUUGUGCUUUGUUACUUCUCUACUUACAACAUUCUAGGAUUGGAGUGACCCACCAACGAUCUCUAUAUGUUUACCCUUUAUUAAAAUCCCAAACGUAAGAAUUCUUUAUUAAAAAUUCUUCUAUGUCUUAGGGACACCUCUGAACCGAGUUAAAUAAAAAAAUGUUUUGCUUUUUGUAAAUGGAUAUAAAUUAUAAUGUGGGCAUCAUACACUAUUAUACAUACUGUCUGUACAUAUAAAAUGUACAAAAUUCAAAUAAACAUAGUAUUAUCACAAUACAGAGAGAAUAUAGUGCUUUAAUGUCAUUGUUCUUAGCGACAUUCCACCGUGACAUUUGUUAUGUUAAACCAGGGUUAUCACUUAACAUUUCAGCCAUUAUCUGUCCACUGCUGGACAUAGGUCUCCUCCAUAGACCGCCAUCAAACAAUCUAUUUUACAUGAUUUAUUUUUCAUUACAAAGAAUGAAUUUAUAAUAUGCAGAGUAAUGCACUUAUAUAUUGCGUUGCUAAAAGCCAAUACUGGCCUGUCUAGACAUGUUCCAAGCUCAACUAACUGUAGUAUUUAGUUAAACUACAAUAUAAAUCUUUUUUACUAGUUGUCUAACGCCUAUAACAUGCCCCGAAAAAUGUGGCAGCCCGUGGACGCAUUGCUGUAAUAGUUGAACAUAUCAGAUCUAUAUUUUUGUAGCAUUGUUUUUUUUUUAAUUUUUUUUUUUUUAAGUAUUCUCUCCGCCACAUUUGAAAUAUGAUAUAAGAUGAACAUACCUAUCUAUGAUAUUAUUAGAUAUUACACUAUCGUAACAUUCUUUAAUAUAAUUUAAUUUCCAAUAAUAUAAUAUCGCCUCAUAGUAAUUAUCAAGAUAUAGUUAUAAAGCUAGAAUAUACGAUUCUCAUCAAAUAUUUAAACUGUACUUGUAACGAUCCUUUGUGUGUUCAAAAUGGUUAAUAUACCUAUUAGUAACUUACAAUUCUAAAAUUGCAUUAUUUGUGUAAAUUAUUUUACUAAGUGUAGUUUGUGUUUAGACUAUGUACACUAAUUUUCACGAAUAAGUUUCUCUAGGAUUAAAAAAAAUAUAUAUAGCAUUCAUUAUAUUUUAGUUACAGAAGUUCUAAUUUCAUAUAAGCCCAUCCGGACAUAGAAAUUAGAAAAGAGAUUAUAAAAUUCAACGCAAUCAGCGUUGAAAUAAUGUAUUUUAACAACAAAAUUACGUACGUUUAAACUUUAACUUUUUCUACAAUAUUAUAAAGUUGAAUUUUAAUUUUUGAUUCAUGAAACUUAUUUAGUGAAACGUAAAAUAAGACGCUCUCCGUGUUAUAAAAUGCUGUUUGUGUUUAAAAUGGUACUCUAAAUAAAUGUAAUAAUUACAUUCUCGUUUAAAAUGCAAAAGCAAAUUCUUUGUAACUAUUAAUACCAAAUUAUCGCAACAAAAAAUAGCGGCAUUGUGAUUCUUAGCAAGGAGGGCCUCUUAACAUCGUAUAAUAAAUAAAAUUCUCAUAAAAAUAAACUCAUUAUAUCGGGAAUUGUAUAUAUAAUACAUAUUUAAAUUUAUUUGCGUCCUAAACGCGACAUGAUUUCAGGUAAAUCAUACCUAUAUGUGCCUAAUUAUACUAUAAUUGUAUACAUCGUAAGCAUAACAGCUUAUAAAUGUCCCACAGCUGGACAAAGGAAUCUUUCCAUAGAAGCCCCUACUUGACGGGUUAUUGUUACAAAAUUUUAUUUCCAAUUUUCUCUCUCUUAUACUGAUAUAUUGUUUUUUUGUGUUCUCCUAUAGUCACCUGCUACGAUAUCCAGAGAAGAAACGCAGUUACAAUUUUAAUCAUUCCCAUCACACUAAAACCAUAAUCUAAACCAUAUAUCUACAUUAUUUCCUUUUUUGCACUGGAAUAGACUCGAAACUCAUACAUAGGUAUUGAGAAAACUAAAUUAAAAACCACUAGCAUAUUUUAUUUUUAUGAGAAUUUAAAAUAUAUUUUUGAAAUGAUAAUAAAAUUAUAUUUCCUAAGAUGUCGUAUGAAUACAGGAGACGACACAAAAUCUAGUUGUAUGCGUUUGUUAAGAUGGCGACUGGGCUUAUUAUUUGAUCGUAUUGUAACGUGUAUUACCAAUAGGUAUAUAAUAUAAAUUAGCUAAAAAUCCAAGGUGCUAAAAGCAAGUAUUGACGACCAUUCAAAUGUUACAUUAUCGUAACAGAAUACGGAACAAACCUAUAGAAUACAAGUAUGAAAUUUCGCUGGAAACGUAAAAAAUACCCCUUGUACCUACCCUUUAUUUCAUAUAUGUAAUGUUGCUAGCUUCAAAAAUGUUAUAAGAAAAUUAUACCUGAAAUUACACAGAGUAAGGGCUAUAAAUUUUGGAGUAGUUUUAAAUAUCUCUCAAAUACUUGGUGCUUGUUGUGAAUUAUACAAAUAUGUUAUUUACAUUAUGUUCGAGUACACUAUGUCGACAAUUUGUAUUGAAAACGUAACCACAUCUCUAACGGAUGGUUUUAGAUUUUUUUUUUUAUAUUCAAUCUUAUUAACGUAACGUAAAAUUUUGAACAAAUCUGUGUAGUAUACUCUGUGCCCGUUCAUACUUUUUGAUUUAUUCCGUAUUCUGUUAUUACGAUCAUUAUUUCGAUCAGUCGCUAAAAUUUAGGUAAUUUUUGUAUUAGGGCAACAAUUCAAUGUAUUAUUUUGGUCAUCGAUUUAUUUAAAAUGUCGCUUAAAUUAUUUAAUACUCAACUGUGAUUUCAAGACCAACUGAAUGUAGCAAGACUUUGUAACAUAAAAUAUAAACGUGUAGAGUAUAGAAUAUGCUAAUAUAUUUUAUUAUUUAGCUAAUUCAAUUACGUUGAAUUAUAUUUAUUUGUUGAUUAUUUAACCUUUAUAGUGAUGUGUAAGAAAGUUGUAGUUUCCAAUAAACAUCAACAUUUUUUAUCAA